GGCGUUUCUUCCAUCCUGCCUCCGAGCCGACGAGUGGGGCGGGGACGAACGGGGAGGGAUCAAGCGGGGCAGCGAGAAACAGGGGCCGCCCCUUCAUGUUGCCGGGCGCCCCACCAUGGAGGUCAGCCACUCAGUCAAGGAGCGCACCAUCGCCGAGAACAGCCUGGUGAUCCUGCUGCAAGGUCUGCACGGCCACGUCACCACCGUGGAUCUCCGCGACGAGAGCACGGCCACGGGACGAGUGUCCAACGUCGACGCCUUCAUGAACAUCCGCCUGGCCCAGGUGACGUUCACGGACAGACGAGGGGAGGUGUCGCAGCUGGACGAGAUGUUCGUGGCGGGCAGGAACGUGCGCUACGUGCACAUCCCGGAUGGGGUGGACAUCAGGGCCACCAUCGAGCGGCAGCUGCAGGCCAUCCACCGCGUGCGCUACUUCGGGGGCCGCGACAAGGGCAGGAGGGAGUUCCCUCGAGCCAAGCACAAAUGAGCCCCAUUCCUCAAUCAACAGCCCAGCUUGGAAGCUCCAUCCCUGUGUAAUGGCAGCUACUCCUUUAUCCCUGUCCUUAUGUUUUUCCAGCUCUCAAACAAAGCCCUUUUGGCCUCAG